AUGGAUGGGAGUUUACUUGACGAUAUAAUACGGCGGUUAGUGGAAGCGAAGAGUGGGAGGACGACGAAGCAAGUUCAGUUAACUGAGGCGGAAAUCAAGCAGCUUUGUUUGGCUUCUAAGGAGGUUUUUCUUAGUCAGCCAAAUCUUCUCGAGCUUGAAGCUCCUAUUAAGAUUUGUGGUGAUGUUCAUGGCCAGUUUUCAGAUCUUCUACGACUGUUUGAGUAUGGUGGUUACCCACCUGAGGCAAAUUAUUUAUUCCUAGGGGACUAUGUUGAUCGUGGCAAACAGAGCAUAGAGACAAUAUGCCUUCUCCUUGCAUACAAGAUCAAAUACAAGGAGAACUUCUUCCUUCUUAGGGGCAACCAUGAAAGUGCUUCCAUCAACCGUAUUUAUGGGUUUUAUGAUGAGUGCAAGAGGAGGUUUAAUGUUCGUGUCUGGAAGACGUUUACUGAAUGCUUUAAUUGUCUGCCUGUGGCCGCCCUCAUAGAUGAAAAGAUCCUUUGCAUGCAUGGUGGAUUAUCUCCUGAGUUGAAGAACUUAGAUCAGAUCAGGAAUAUUGUGCGCCCUAUUGAUGUGCCGGAUCAUGGUCUUUUAUGUGAUCUAUUGUGGGCUGACCCUGAUAAAGAUAUGGAAGGCUGGGGUGAGAAUGACAGGGGUGUGUCAUAUACAUUUGGGGCUGACAAGGUUGUUGAAUUCCUUCAGAAACAUGACCUUGAUCUUGUCUGCCGAGCCCAUCAGGUUGUCGAAGAUGGUUAUGAGUUUUUUGCAAAGCGGCAGCUGGUCACAAUAUUCUCUGCACCAAACUACUGUGGUGAGUUUGAUAAUGCUGGUGCCAUGAUGAGUGUUGAUGAUACUUUGACUUGUUCCUUUCAAAUCCUCAGAGCUUCUGAGAAGAAAGGAAAAGUUGGAUUUGGCAACCACAUGUUGAGACCAGGAACUCCACCUCAUAAGGCUAAAUUCUUGCAAAUCUUAUCUGAGCCACCCUCUCUCCCCUGCCCAACAAAAAUAGGAAGAAAGAAAACAAGGGUGGAAUUGUUAUCAAAAGAUAUGAUAUGCAAACUAGAAUAUCUUUUGGGGAUUGAUGUAAAUCAUUCUUCUGACUAUCUGGCAAAAGUGGCAGAACAAUUAAUCAUUAAAAGUCUGAAGUGGAAUAUAGCAAAUGGGUUGGUUUGCUCUGUUUUGUGCAAGUCAUUCUGGGCAGAAUCACUGUCUUUUGGAGUUGAUGCACCUGUUCUCGGUUUACAAUUCCGACUCAUGGCAGUACUUCCUUUUCAGUUGCUUACAAUUGGAGCAGAACACUUCAAUUCAAAAGGUAGUGCCGUUUAUGCAUGA